AAAAAUUAAAUAACUUAAAAACAAAAGCUCAACGCAAUUCUGCGAAAAAGAGAGCUUCGAUCAAACGGAAAUGGGACGAAAAAAGCUUCUUUGAUUCAUCGUCUCAAAUUCUCCAAUUCCUCGUAAAAUAAAAUCAAAACAACAUCAUAAAAAAAAAUUCAAUAAUUUUUUCUCUAAUUAUUAAUACAAUCCAAAAUGUCUAUCAACAUGAAAACCCUAACACAAGCCCUCGCCAAAACCGCUGCUGUGAUUGAAAAAACCGUACAAACAACUGUACAGGAGGUAACUGGACCGAAACCUCUCCAAGAUUACGAGCUUAUUGACCAGAUCGGGUCAGCGGGACCCAGUCUCGCCUGGAAACUCUACUCUGCCAAGGCGCGUGAUACUACACGCGCGCAGCAGUAUCCUAUUGUAUGUGUUUGGGUGCUGGACAAGCGCGCGCUGUCGGAGGCAAGGGUGCGUGCAGGAUUGUCGAAGGCGGCGGAGGACGCGUUUCUGGAUCUGGCUCGUGCGGACGCGGGAAGACUGGUCAGGCUUCGGCAUCCGGGAGUUGUACACGUGAUUCAGGCAAUGGAGGAGAGUAAGAAUGCGAUGGCGAUGGUGACAGAGCCGCUGUUCGCGUCGGUGGCAAACGCUUUGGGGAAUUUGGAGAAUUUUGAGAAUGUGACGAAAGCGCCGAAGGAGCUUAAGGGAUUGAAAAUGAGUUUGUUGGAAAUGAAGCAUGGCUUAAUCCAGAUUGCAGAAUCCUUGGAUUUUCUCCAUUGCAAUGCUCGUCUCAUUCACCGAGCUAUAUCACCUGAGAAUGUCUUAAUAACUUCAUUUGGGGCAUGGAAGCUUGGUGGAUUUGGUUUUGCAAUCACGACAGAUCAAGCCAAGAGUGAUUCGUCUAAUGUGCAGGCCUUCCAUUAUGCUGAAUACGAUGUUGAGGAUUCUAUGCUGCCCCAUCAGCCAUCCUUAAAUUACACUGCACCUGAACUUGUUCAGAGUAAGACUGCUUCAGUUGGAUGCGCUUCUGAUAUGUUCAGCUUUGGAUGCCUUGCUUACCACCUGAUUGCUCGCAAGCCUUUGUUUGAUUGCCACAACAAUGUCAAAAUGUAUAUGAAUACCUUGACUUAUUUAUCCAAUGAAGCUUUCUCCUCUAUCCCAUCAGAAUUAGUUCCUGACCUUCAAAGGAUGCUUUCGGCUAAUGAGUCUCUCAGGCCGACAGCAUCAGAUUUCACAGGAUCUCCAUUUUUUCGUAAUGACACUAGGUUGCGUGCGCUUCGCUUCCUUGACCACAUGCUUGGAAGAGAUAACAUGCAGAAAUCUGAAUUUUUAAAAGCAUUAUCAGAUAUGUGGAAGGAUUUUGACUCUCGUGUUCUGGGGUAUAAGGUUCGAGUCUUCUUUUGGGUUCUACCACCACUUUGUGCAGAGCUCCGGAAUGUAGUGAUGCAACCAAUGAUUCUGCCCAUGGUUCUCACAAUAGCAGAGUCUCAGGAUAAAAAUGAUUUUGAGCUAAUAACACUACCUGCUAUUCUACCCGUCCUGACUACUGCUGCUGGCGAGACACUUUUGCUACUUUUGAAGCAACUGGAGCUUAUUUGCAACAAGACUGGACAGGAGCAGUUAGUAUCACAUUUGUUGCCCUUGCUUGUUCGAGGUUAUGAUGAUACUGAUCCUCGCAUACAAGAGGAAGUUUUGAGACGAUCGGCGUCCCUUGCCAAGCAACUUGAUGUUCAGUUGGUGAAACAAGCAAUUUUGCCCCGUGUGCAUGGCCUAGCUCUUAAAACAACGGUUGCUGCGGUGAGAGUCAAUGCUUUGCUAUGCUUAGGAGAUCUGGUUCACACACUUGAUAAACAUGCUGUUCUUGACAUUUUACAAACAAUUCAACGUUGUACAGCUGUUGAUCGCUCCUCUCCUACACUGAUGUGUACCCUUGGGGUUGCUAACUCAAUUCUUAAGCAGUAUGGAGUCGAAUUUGCUGCUGAACAUGUCCUUCCAUUACUCAUACCCCUUCUUACUGCUCAACAAUUGAAUGUUCGGCAGUUUGCCAGAUAUAUGCUUUUUGUCAAGGAUAUUCUCAGGAAGAUAGAAGAACAACGUGGAGUUACUGUGACUGAUACUGAAUAUCCAGAGGUAAAAAAUAUUCCUUUUGCCAUUUUCCCUCAAUCUGAAGCCUUAAGCAAAACUAGUGGGAGUGUGGUUUCGACAACAAAGAGCAGGCCAUCAUGGGAUGAAGAUUGGGGUCCAAAGACAAGGGGACAAGCCCAUUCCAAUCAAUCUUCUUUCAAAAACUUCUCAACCACUACAACUAUUUCCAGUGAUAAACCAAGUCAAGUAACUCCUGUGCAAUUGCACCCUUCCUUGGUGUCUGCUGUAUCUAGUCAGCAAACAGCUGCAUCAUGCCCUCCAGUUGAUCUUGAAUGGCCUCCUUGUGCAUCUUCAUCUGUGACCUCUUCUGUAGCUGAUAGUCAGAAGCAGCUGCCAAACACUGGAAGCUCUUCAUCUUCAACUUUUGAUGAUCUAGAUCCAUUUGCUGAUUGGCCUCCACGGCCAAGUGGCUCAUCGCAAACUCUUAGCAAUGGCAAUAUAGGAUCAAGUUCAAAAAAUUAUUCUGAUUUGACAAGUACACCAAACAUUAUGAGCUAUCCAAGCAAUGGCAAUAACAGUUGGCCCUCUGACAAGUUAAACUCAACUUUGGAUUUGAGUAGUUUGAAUUCUGGGAGCCUGAAUAACCUGAAUUUUAUUGGGUUCAUGAAACAGAAUCAAGGGUAUUCAGGUCCAGGUUCAGUUUCAGUUAUGUACAAUAACAAGAAGGAAUCUUCUGAUCUUGGAUCCAUAUUUGGUACUACCAACACUGGACUUACUGCACCAAAACUUGCACCACCUCCUGCAACUGCUGUUGGUAGAGGAAGAGGGAAAGGAGGCAGUUCAGGCUCACAGCAUAGUCAUGUCAAACCAUCAUCAGAACAACCACCUCUUUUGGAUUUGCUGUAAAGGAUUUUUCUAUUUUUCAACUUUCAAAAUAAUCAUACACAAGAAAUUUUUCAAGUCUUGUAGAUUGUCCGACUGCGUCCCACACUUUAUUGAGAUGGCCAGAUCCUCUUAAAUGCGUUGAAGUACAAGUUCAUCAAUCAAUCUCUUGGACAUGCAAGCCCAAUGGCUCUCAGGCUGGCAUGGUUUGUUAUAUGUAGAUCAUUGCGAGCGGUUUGUAGUUUAUUGUGAUUGGUUCUGUUCCGGUUUUUUGUUCUCUCUCUCUGUCUCUCUUUUUUCUGUUAAUUCUGUAUUUUUCUGCCGAGUUUUGUUCAGUUUCUUGAAUUUUGAAUAUUGGAAAUGCGUUUUCAUAGUCCCUAUAAUAUAUUCUUUAAAAAUGUA